AUGAGAGCUGUGGGAGCAGGGGAGAGUGGUGCUGUUCAGAGGACGGCGGAGCUACAGAACAGCAGGCUACUGCUGGAGCGACGGUUCUGCAGGGAGCCGGCCGUCAUCCCCACGCUGCCCUCGGGAGAGCCCAUCUUCUCACCGCGGCACCACCCGCUGCCCUGCUCCCCGGACUGCUCCAGCUUGCAGCCCCACAGCCAUCUGGAGAGGCUCUUUUUCAGCCGCCGCUCGCCGGCUCUAGGGACUUCCCCCUUGAAGCUGGGAACCUGGGCCGAGAAGCGUGGCGGGAGUGUGGCCCUGAUCUCACUGCUGUGUAGUGGCCUCAUCAGCUACCUGUACCUGCAGGUGCCCAACUGCCCCGUCCCAGUCCUUCGGUGGCUGUUCCAGCUGUUAGUGUGGCCCCCAGACACUUCAAUGCGAUCAGUUCAAACCUCGUGGGACCUCAGCACCAACAGCCUCUUCCAGCAAACAGAUGGGUAUGACCUCGCCAUGUGGUGUCCGGAGCUGCCAGAGAUUAACAGAGCCCUUUACAACCUGGGAGCAAGCCACCUGGCCCUCCACCCCGGCCACUGCUCCCCCAACCUCAUGGCCCGAUACCAAAGCCUUUUGGGGGAUGAAGGUGGCCCAGUUGUCAGCCAGGAGCUAGGAAACUCCAGGGACACCAACUUGGGAAUCAGCCUAAGCUAUAUCUUCAAGAACUGCGCCAUGGCCCAGCCGGCAGCCUAUGUGGACAAGAAGCUGCUCAGCCUGACAACCUUGUUGUGCCGAGCCGGCCUGGACACAGGCCUCUGGGUGCAGCCCAUGAUGGACCUCCAGCAGCUCCUGCUCGUCCUCUUCGAUAACAUCCUCGACUGGCCAGAACAGUUCCCGGAGCUCUGCUGCCGGCUGAGCCGGGUGUCUGAUCACCAUCACAACUUGCUGGCCGUGGUGCGGCUCUUCCCAGACCUCACUGGCUGGGGCAGGUACCUCCGCAGCCAACUCAGCCUGGUGAUUAUUGCCUGACUGCUGGGGCAGACGGAGGUCCUACCGCUCUGGAAGGAAAAUGCCCAGAUCCACAGCACCUGGCCCCGCUGUGUGAUAUCUGACAGCCCGCCCAACCAGCCGCAGUGGGCCGAGGCCCCGCCUCUCCGUCGGGUCGGCUUCCUGGCAGAGUGCCGGAGCCUAGGGUCCUCUCGAGAAGAUUUUACUCCGGCCCCCGAAGGCCCUUCGGUCCCCCCACAGGAUGAUGGCGGGGGCCCAGGCAGAGGCUCCUCAACUGACCCCAAACAGGCCAGGAGGUCCAUUGGCCCAGCUACCCGCUUUAGCGGGCACCAGGGCUCAGAAGCUGGGCCGGGGUGGUUCAGGGUUUGCUGCCUGUGUCACAGUCUUCUGACCCUGGCUGAUAUGGUGGUGGACUGCCAGGAUAUCUCUUCCAGCACAUGGGGUGAGCUGCAGCAGCUGUACCUGCAGCUGGAGCAUCAUGUCACCUUGCACAUCCUAGAGAACCCCCAAGACAAGUAUCACACUGAACUCAAAGACCUGGCCAUCCACACCUCUGUCCGCCCCAAGUGACAUCCCCAUCCUCAGGAUCAAGGC